GGAGUCGCUGGGGGGAGCUCGGGUCUCACGCCCUUUUCGAGUCGCCCCGGCCCAAGCGGCCGAGCCUCCGACGCGCGUGUCCUGCCCCGCGGAAUUGCCCGAACUGCCCCCCGGCUCCGGCCUCCGCAGUCCGCACGCACCACCCCACACCUCACGGCCCUCGCGACGCCUGCCGUGUGCCGCCUGCCUUUGUUUGCCUGCCCUGCCCUGCUCCCGUAACAAAACGCUGCGACGCAGAGACGACGACCCCACCCCACCGUCUCUCUUCCCUCGGCCCGCCUCGUUGCGUGCCGCCGCCGCCGCCUCGACGUUGGACGGCGACGCAGCCGCCCGCCGUGUGGCCUCGCCUGCCCCUGCCCCUGCCCCUGCCUCUGCUUGGCCCCUUGCCGUUGCCCCGGCUGCCGCGGCCCGCGCGCGCGGACGGCCGCGAAGACCAUGGCGGCGACCGCGGAUCCGAGGGCCAAGCCGCCGCCCGCGGCGCCGUCGCGGCACCUGAUGAAGCCGUGGGGGGCGCCUCCGCCGCCGCCGCCUCGCGCCCACCGCGUGCCUUCGCUCCCGGAGGUUGCCGAGGGAGGCGGCGCGCGCGAUCGGCGUCGCUCCUCGUCGUCGCACCGACGUGUCGGCGCCGGCGCCGUGGAGGAGGAGCCGCCCUGCGACGGCCGGCUGGAAGAUCUUCGGGCCAAGCUCAUGGGCCACCUCCGCGACGCCGCCGACCGCCUCCGUCUGCCGCCGGCGCCACCGAAGCCGCAGCACCGGUCGCCGUCGCCGGAGCCCGAGCCCGAGCCUCAGCCCCCGGCAGCGCCCCUCCCACCGCUUGAGCAGCAGGAGGCCGCGGCCCCAGCGGCCCGGCCGUGGAACCUGCGCGACCGGAAGUGCCGCCGGCAAACGGCACGUGGGGCGGCAGCGGCCCUCGACGCGUCGCCCGCGUGGGAGCCCGCGGUGGAGAAGGCGCGGCGGCCCGCGGCCGACGAGCGCGCGCCGUUCGCGGUGGCGCUGACGGCCGAGGAGGUGGAGGAGGACGUGUACGCACUGACCGGUGCCCGGCCCCGGCGGCGUCCCCGGAAGCGGCCGCGCGUCGUGCAGCGGCAGCUCGAUUCGCUGUUCCCGGGGCUGUGGCUGACCGAGAUCACCGCCGACGCCUACAAGGUCCCCGACGAGUAGCACCCGCCGCCACCUGCUCCGGCGACCGGCCGGCGGCUAGUUCUUCUUCAGUCUUCACCAUUCUACCCUUGCCAUGAGUCAGUAGAAAAGCAUUGAGCAUAAUCUUUCUGUAACUAGAGGUCUCAUCGAGUUGAUGAUAGGUACUUGUGGUCGCUCGCCAUGUCCCAUCCCUUGUAACCUUUUUCCCGUUUCCCCUUAAAAAUCUAAGCAGUGCGUGUGUCGAUCCAUCUCUCGCUCUCGGGUGUACAUGACGGGCGUACGCGCGCGCGCGUGGUCGUUUGCUUGUAACCCACUCCCAGAUCCUUAUCCAUCGAUGUCGUCAGGCGGUGGUUC